UGGCAACUACCACAUGGCAAGGCUCUGAAUGUUUUUCACCCAAGAUGGAUUUCAAAUGCUGGCUCUGUUUCCCCCUCUACCAGUCCAGAAUCUCAAACCAAUUUCUGGUUCUGACACGUUUAUCCAUCGUCCUGGCUAGCUAAGUAUCCUGGUUCAAGUCUAGUGACCACACGAGGCCUGAAUUUAGCGAUUCCGUUCUUAAAGAAAGUUCUCUUAUUUGGCUGCUUGCAAGAAAUGGGCAAUCCAAGCAGCGCAGUAGAUGCCGAGAAGCGCAUUCGUGUCAUGAGGAUGAUGAUGAAGCUUCAAGAUCUGAAGAGAAGAAUGGAUGGGUUGGAGCAUUCCUCAUCUGGUGGAGAAGCGAACGGGCGGCAGUCAAUGGGCCUAGUAAGUACUAGAACAAUGUUCUUCUCUAAGCGUUUCUUUAUCAGACGUCUACUCGGGCUAACGACCGUUCUUGCAGAUUUCUAUACGUAGACGCUUCCGGUUAUUCAUGCUGGCGUCAUGGGCUGUCGCCAUUUUCCUUGCAAUCGGCUAUGCAAUCAUAUAACGGUGUCUAUCAAGAUUCAAGACGCAACAAGUCGAGUAUUAGAACCGCGGUGCUAUUCCCGCUGCAUCCAACUCGCCUAUUAUGAGGUUGUGGUUCGUGCAAUCAAUUUUGUGUCAACAGAUUGUAAAUAUGGUCGGACAUAAUGG